AGAAAAUACAAUUUGCAAAUACAAUACAAAAUCCGCCAAAGUGUUUGUUCUACUUGUAUGUACUUUAAACCUAAUAUUAUUCAACGGCUACCACCUUGUUAUUAUUAGUCUAUGAUAUCUGGACAUCCAUUUAAAAUAUUAUCAAUUAAUAUUGAACAAUAUAUGUAUGCCUGGAUUUUCUUGUAUGUGUACACAAGCAAAACCAUUUUCUGUAUAUGACUGACUAUUCAUUCAUUCUAUGAAUGCCUCUUAGCAAGCUCAAGUGUGAGCUUCACAGUCGUCUCGCAUUGUGCAUUAAGAUCAAGAGGGGAUAAUAUACAAAUAGUUUCGCCAUGAAAGGCGUCAUACAAGAAGUACAAAACAAAUACUCAUUUUUAGAUAAUUUACUAACAAACUUUUGGAAGUCAUGGAUCAAGUCGAAUUUAACGUUCAAAUUGCAAUUGAAAAAUAUUAAAUGGAAGAAUGAAAAAGCAAAACCUGGAUUUGCUUACAAGCCAACUGAGAUUGAGCAAUUGGCCAAUGUUAUAACGCAUGGCAUCUGGAUAAUACCGGCUUUGCUGUGUCAAUAUAAACUUUUUGAACGUUCAAAAUCAUCUAGUCAGUAUUUGGUGUCUUGGGUAUAUGGUAGUGCUCUCACCCUACUUUUUACUGUAUCAUCAUGUUUUCAUUGUUCCUGUUAUUGUACAGAACACGACGGAGUUAAAAAUGUUUUACAUCGAUGUGAUCGAGCAAUGAUAUAUAUUUUUAUAGCAGCUUCAUAUUUUCCAUGGCUAAUGUUGGAAAAUCCUGAUCACUCUGUUGUACUGAGCAGUAUGGAAUGGAUCAUUUGGUUAAUGGCAGCCAGCGGCAUCGCCUAUCAACAGAUAUUUCAUGAGCGCUUUAAGUGUUUAGAAACCUGCUUUUAUAUCUUGAUGGGAUUGGGUCCGGCACUAGUGGUUUUUUGUACUGGCCAUGAAUUUCGUGGCAUGAACGAGUUAAAGUUGGGAGGCUUCUUCUAUAUAAUAGGAAUAUGUUUUUUUAAAUCGGAUGGUGUCAUACCCAUGGCUCAUGCCAUAUGGCAUUUGUUUGUAGUUCUGGCAUCGGGUCUACAUUAUUAUGCCAUAUUGGCUAAUUUGUACCCAGCCACAUUAGAGUCUUCGAUUAUAACACAUGAUGAAAUCUUGUAGUGCUAAAUGUUACUUAAUUUAUGGUGAUGUAUUUAGUUUUAGUUUAUUUGAAUGGCGUUUAAUUUAUGUUCUUGGAAAGAUUGCAUAUUAUUUUAUUUUUUUUUUUUAAACCGAA